AUGGACAAAUUCAGCAACAUACUCGGAGAUGACUUCAAAGCUGUCCCGGAGCUCGUCCACAGCAACAAUAGUUUGAAUGAAACAGCAUCAAAAAGAGAUCUGUCGGACGGCAAUAUCAGCUACAAGGAUGCCACGGCCAUGCUUGCCAGCACGAGUACCACUCCAACAGUCACUCGACCUUACGUCGCAGCAGCAAUUGCAGGGAGUCCUAGCAAACCUCCGACCUUGACAUCGGCUCCGUUCUACACGGGCCUGAACGGCGUCAAUCUCGCAAGGGACCAGAAACUCGUCCAGCUGCUGUGGAUGUCCAUUGUCGGCGCCAUUCUAGUCGUGUUCGCCGUCCGCCUGGCGCAGCUCUUCGUGUCCUACAUCCGCAACAUCUACUGCAUGACGACGGAGCGCGCUUCCCAGCAGAACUACUUCAGCGUCGACCGCUCGAGGUUUUGGGCCUGGCUGAAGAAGCACCUCAUCUACGCACCGCUAGGCAAGAAGCGACAUAAUCGCGAGUUGCAGCUCUCUGGGGCUGUCAACUACGGCACGCUGCCCAGCCGGGUGCACACUCUGAUCCUGGUCCUCUACGCCGGCACAAACAUUGUCUACUGCUUGAUUCUGGACUGGCACAACACCCAAAAAGGCGCCCUUUACGCCGAGUUGCGCGGACGGAGCGGCAUCCUCGCCACGGUCAAUCUGAUCCCGUUGAUCGUCCUGGCGCAGAGGAAUAACAUCACGAUCCCGAUCCUGCGCGUCAGCUUUGACACAUUCAACCUCUUCCACCGGUGGAUUGGACGACUAGUGGCCGUCUUGUCGCUCAUCCACUUCUUCGCCUGGCUUGCGGCGUACAAGUUAGCUAAGGGAGAUCAGGCGACGAUACGGAUCUUCAAGAACGCGCCCUUCCUCGACUACGGCUUGCUCGGGUUAGUUGCAGUCAUCAUUCUGCCGCUGCAUUCCCUGUCACCCAUCCGCCACGCCUUCUACGAGACAUUCCUGCACCUUCACCAAUCGCUGGCCUUCCUGACCUUGCUUGGAAUCUACGUCCAUCUGGACAUCAUGCACUUGCCCGCGUACCCCUCCAUCCUGACAGCCGUGCUACUAUUCAUGGGUGAGAGAGUCGUGCGGAUCGGCCGCGUCUUCUAUCUCAAUUACUCUCGCACACGUGGGCUGACCACGGCCCUCGUCGAGGCACUCCCCGGCGAGGCAUGCCGGGUGACGUUCCAGCUACCCCGCCAAAUCACCAUCCGACCAGGCAGUCACAUGUACGCAUACUUGCCUUCCGUCUCGCUGUGGAUGUCCCACCCCUUCUCCGUCGCGUGGACGAACGUGGAAUCCGAACCCGCCAUUUCCGGGCACGACGUUCUACCACAACGCCCCUCUACGCCCAACUCCCUCGAACGCCAAUCCGUCAUGAAUCUAGUGCGACAGGCCCCCACGAGUGCUUCCCUAGUCAUGGUCGCCCGCACGGGAAUGACGAGAAAACUCUACGACAAGGCCCGCGCAUCCCCUGGGGGCCAGCUCAAAGUGCGCGGUUUCCUGGAGGGCCCCUACGCGGGACACGACUCGCUAGUCAGCUACGGCACGGUCGUCAUGUUCGCGGGCGGCGGCGGGAUUACGCACCAUUUGAUCCAGAUCCGGCACCUGCUGGCCGGCGCGCGGGCCCAGACCGUGGCGACCCGCCGGAUCGUGCUGGUCUGGUCGAUCCGCGACGUCGAGUGCAUGGAGUGGGUGAAGCCGUGGAUGAACGAGAUCCUGCACAUGGAGGGCCGCCGAGAAGUGCUGAUGAUCCGCGUGCACGCGAGCAAGCCCACGCCGCGGAUCGAUCAGAGCAGGAGCAAGAGCAAACCGACCAUGCAGAUCAUCCAGGGGCGGUGCGAACCGGGGGCUGUGCUCGACGAGAUCUUGCCGACCAGGAUUGGGGCCACGAUGGUGAGUGUCUGUGGGCCCGGGGCUUUGGCGGAUGAAGUUCGAGCGGCGGUUAGGAGCAGGAUCGGGUUGGGGAACUUGGAGCUGAAUGAGGAGAGCUUCACAUGGUGA